AUGGAAAUUGACGAAAUUCACUCUUGCUUGGAAGGUAAAUAAUUUACAUACACUGUAUUUUGUUUAAUUUAUUUAAUUAGUGAAUAACAGUGGCAACUGGAGUACAAAACUACAAAUAGUCUAAUCAUAUUAUCAUAAUUCAUACAUAUAUUAAUAUUAAUAUUAUUCAUUUAUUCAUUAUUUCAUUCUGCUUGAUAACAUUUGCAGUAAUAAUAAUAUUGACUAUUGACAGUAAUAGUAUUGAGUAAUGUAAUCCAGUACUGCAGUUUGUAAACUGUAAUGCUGUUGUCAUUAGUCAGUGCUUACACAAAACAUUAGCAGAUCUAUGUAGUAUCUAUUCUAUUUAUUAUUUUAUUGACUAUUGGAAUAUAUUUUUGUAUAUUUUUCUUUAUUUAUGAAGAUGUCUCUGACCAGUCUGAUGGUGAGAACAUUCACAUCACUCAGUUGGACAUAGAGGAUCAAAAUGUUGCAACUACAGCUUCUACAAGUCUGUCAAGUCCCGAUGACAACUUGGGAAUAAAGCGAGGCCACCCAGUACACAAUGUAUGGAGCUAUGCAUUUGAUGACCCUGAUGCACACACUUCAAGUAAGCCAAAUCACGCUGUUUGCAAACACUGCAAAGAAUCGGUUAGACAUCACCAUAAAGUAUUGUCUGUCAAAACACAUCUGAAAAGAUGCAAAAAAUUCAAGAAACUUAUGUUAGACACAGCUGUUGUUGACCGUCCAGGAUGGUGGAAUGACCCUGCCAGCAAGAGUAAGAAGUCAAAUGCUUCUAAGUCUUCUACAAGCAAUCCAAGCAAAUCCUCACCAGGAACACAACCUUCGGCAAGAUCAUUUGCAGUUCCAAUGUUCACCACCUCACAACAAAAGAAGUUCAACCGAGAUAUUGCAAUGUUUUUCUACAACACAGACACAAGUUUUCAACGAAUUGAAGAUCCAUUUCUGGCAUCAGCUGUUCAACUAGCACGUCCUGGAGUAAAAUUACCCACCAGGAAGGAACUAGCAGAUGAUAGUCCUGGUGGACUACUUCAACAAUCCUAUGAAGAGGUCAAACAUAAAGUUGAUAAAUUGCUGUCCAACCCCAAUCAGUUCAUUGGUAUCACCACUGAUGCCUGGUCGAACAUCUCAAAUGAGUCAGUUAUCAACUACAUGGCUGUCUGUCCCACUAAAUCACUGUUCAUCGAAUCAGUUUACACAGGAGAGCAAGGUCAUGAUGCGCAAUGGUUGUCCCAAGAUCUCAGCCGUGUUAUAGAUCAUCUUGGAGAUAAUGUAGCUGGUGCAGUGACAGACAAUACAUCAGCGAACAAGAAAAUGUGGAGCAUCUUGGAACGAGAGUAUCCUACACAUUUUUUCCAUGGUUGUGUUGCUCAUGGGCUUAAUCUUCUCGUUAAAGAUAUCUUAUGUGCCAAGAAGAAAGAACCACCUGGUGGUGGCCCAGCUGCAUACCCAGAUGGUUAUCCUUUUGAAGAUCUCAUGGUGUUUGCUAAUGAUUGCAAAGAAGUGGUCAUGUUUUUUCACAAUCAUCAUGGGGUGAAGGCAAGAUUGAAAAAGGCAUUAGCUUCAGCAAAGUUGUCAAGUCUGGUAAAGCCAGCCCCAACUCGAUGGGGUACCAUACACGGUUGUUUCAAAUCGUUGAAAGCAGCUGAUGAUAUUCUGAAUUCUCUGGUAUCUGAAAGAGAUUUUGUGAACAAAGGGAGUGCCAAACAAAAGGACAAACGUCUGGAGAUCAAAGCAAUUGUUACGGAUCCAGAUUUU